GUGGGAUAAAAUCCUCAUCUUGGAUUUGAGUAAAUAUGAUAUAUGGAUGCCUCUGUUUAUUUUGAUUUAGUGUUGCAGGAAAAGUACACUAGCUUCUUAUUAGAGAAAAGCAAAGGUACAGUGUCUGCCCUCAAAGAUCUUAUGUUUAUUCUUACUUUAAAGAGAAAAGAGGUAGAGGAAGAAAUGGAAGGUGGGGUAAACAAGAAAAAUAGGUGAUUCAAAAAUGAAGUUGGAAACAAGUGCUCAAAUCCCAGGUGAUGACCAAAACUUCAAGCUUUUUUUUUUUUGGCAUUAAUAUCUCAUGCAUUUUUUUUUUCUGUCCAUCCACGCUGCUUAAACUCAUUAGGGCUCUUACUUUACUUUCAACAUCCUUUUCUUUUGCUAUAACAGAUGCAGUUUUGCUCUACUAACUUUUCUAACCUUGAACACGUAAUCCCUCCAUGCAUUUGUCCUUUGGCUUCCUCUUUUCUGUCACAUCAAACAUAUGCUGCUGGCCUUCAUUUGGAAAUGUCUAUACAGCAUAUUUCCUACCUUCCUUAGGAUGUUCUGUUAAGUUCCAACCUCAUCCUGCUCCCUUCUUCUGUCUGCGUGAAGAACUAGAAAGAAGUAUAAAAUGUAUGAUCUGAUAAAAGAUGGCUGUGGACCAGGUUCAGGAUACUGGUUCUAGGUAGAGAAGUGUCAUGGAAGGAGACGAUCAAGUGGAUAUCGUUGGCAGUCUGGGCAAGUAGGACCAAUGGGCAUUCAACCACAAAUAUUGUUACAAAAUAAAGAAAAUGGUGUUAAGGUUUCUUCAGGAAAAGUGAAGUUGAAAAUACUUAGAGAACAGAUUCAAGAACCACUGAAACUGCCACUUAAGCAUAAAAUAGCAAAUGUUGUGGCUACUGAAAAUCCUAAAAUGAAGGGGAAGGUAUGUGGACAAUGUGAGACCAAAAAUGCAUUAUUGGUAUGCUUAGAGUGUGGGGAAGAUUAUUGUGGAAGCUGCUUUGCUAAAAUCCACCAGAAGGGGGCACUGAAGCUCCACAGAAUGAUUCCUUUACAGGCAAAAGCCAGUGCAUCUGUUGGAAAAUUGGAAGUUGUUCAUCGCUUCAUGAAAGAAGUUAAUCCAGAUGAAUCAAAAAUGAAUCAUGAGCAGAAGAAAGAAAGUAGCACAAAUCAGCUCACGUCAGACGCAUCUUCAUCUCUGCUAACGUCAACAGGCAGUGCUGUGGAAUUUUCUACCUCAUCGGCAUGGACAGGUUUUGAGAAUCGGGAUGGUAGGUUAUUACUGCAUGGCACCUUUGAUGAGGAUGAAUCUUCAAAGUCCUUUCAGGAAGCUUUAACUCAGUGGAGGCAUGGAAAUCAUGAACUCAAAAAGAAACAAAACUCUAUCAAAGCUGAAGCAGAAUCCAUGGGAAUUUGUGAGGUACAGACCCAUCUUACGCUUUCAAGAGAACCUGUUCAGAUUGAAUUCAAAGAAGACAGCUUGAGCUAUAUGGAAAAACUGUGGCUUAAAAAACACAGAAGAACUCCCAUUGAAAAAGAACCUGGUAUUCAGGUAAAUGGAUUCAGACCUGGGCAGUCAAUGGUAAAUGAAUUUCACAAUGCUUUGGGCGGAGAAGCAAGAAAGGAGGAGGAGGAGGAGGAUUUAAUAGCUGAAGACAUGAAAAAAUAUUGGACAUCUCUUUUUAGAACAGAAGUAUCUGACACUGUUCCUGAGUUCCCUGAAUCUUCUUUGAAAAUUGAGGUACUUGAUAAUUCUUAUGAGGAUGACUUAGAAGAAUCAUCCAACUUUAUGGUGAUGGAACUUGGAUCAACUAAAUCGGGGAACAAACAAAGAGCUAUGGGACCUGAACACCAACAGGAUACAGUAUCACACUUUUCACCAGCCCAAGCUCUUGAUAUAACUAGAAAGUCAUUUGAUCAUGUACCUUCCACAGCUGACAAAAAAGAUCUUUUAAUACCUCCUUGGGACAGAAAUACCGCACCUUUGGAACAAAUUUCUAAAGUUUCAUCAGGACAAACAUCUACAGCAAGCCAUGCAGGAAUAUAUACUGAGUGCCAUCAUUCUGCUACAGGAGAAGAAGUUCUCAGCAUUCCUCACAAAGGAGAUUUAACUGCAAAGGCUGGCACUAAAACAAACACUGAUAGAAGAUUUCUUUCCUCUUGUAUGCCACCAGAGAUGUCUUUUGGCCUCCCUAAAUUAGCCAUAAAGACACCUUCCUCCAAGUCAAGAUCACUGAAUGACAGUGCUGAUUCAGUGGAAUUUAACAGUUUCUCCAACAACCAGAGCAUGGCUUUAACUACAAAGUCCUCAGUGUUGUUACAGGAAGUAGCCCGAAGAGAAAAACCUGUUUCUACCCAGUACCAGGGACUUGAGAUUUUUUUUAGUUUGGGUGCAAAUUCUAAGCAAGUAACACCUGAAUCACUUCCAUCGUUGUGCUCUGAUUCCAGCCCUACAGAUAACAUUUCAUUUUCAGGAGCUGAACAGUGGGUCAGAAUGCGUAGCUUAAGUGAACAUGCUGAAGAGUCCAUAGUACAGGGCAUAUGGCAAAGUGAACUGAGCAGACCAUCAAGUGGUUUGGGACAACGAAACGCGCAUGCUAGAACUUCUCUGCAGAGAUCAGUGUAUAGAUCACCUGUUGUGACUAGUUUCCCGAGACCUUUAUCAGCAAAUAUUCCACUCUGUGGAAUGAUUAAGAGUCGUCCUAUCCAGAGUUCACGUUCUCAGAUAAGACCAAAAAGUUCAACUGGUCAGCUGCUGUCUACAGUUGUUGCUGAAAUAUCCAAAUUUGAGUUCGAUGAUCUAACUGAACAAGAUGAUCCUCUUUUAGAAGAUAUUGCUGAUCAACAAGCCUUAGCUAGUUUGGAAAAAGAAUUGCAAAGUCAUAUAGAUCCGCAGGAAAAACUUUGCCGCUUAACCUCUGAAGACUUAUCAGCUUCCAGCAGACAUUCAAAGAAGAUAAGUGAAAAUAUUACAGAUUUCCAUAAUAACCUAGAACUGAAAGACCACAGUAGAGUUGAUACUUUAAGUGAUUGUGAUGAAAACUACGCUGAGGAGGAAGAAGUUGUGAGAGACAAGCAACUGGUUCUUGCCCUACAUUGACCAGCAAGUAAAUAACUUUGCUUAACAUAAAAUGAGUAGCUGGCAUAGUCAUCUAGGGCACUGUAAACUUUAACUGUUGAAGACUGCUUUGUAGGUCACCGAUAUGAAUAAAAGGCGUUUGAAAAUAAAA